CCGCGCGCCUUACACAGCAACAUAACUGGCCUGCUAGCCUCUUCCCCACCCCACCCCACCAUCACCAUCACCUCCUCCUCCUCCAUCCCGACAAGCUAUCAGCUGACGGUCGUACGGGCCGAGGGCCGUGCUGCGCGCCUUGUUGCCAAGUGCAGUGUCGCAGGCUGCGUGACGCGGCCGCCAGUGCCGGACAUGACCUUCACCAUGCGCUGUCGCCGUGCCUCCUGGCAAGUGACGUCGAGACUCUUGACCGGCGCGUGACGUCGCCUGGACACCUGUUUCCGCCUGACGUCAGCAGCGGCUGCGGAGUGCUACUCACGUCCCGGGCUGUCAGCUGGCGUGCGUGUCAGUUUCAUGACAAGGACAUGCCGCCGAGACUGCGCCAGCCUGAAAUAGCAGCAAUCAAUGGCCAGUAUAGGGCUACGGCAGGCGCACCGCGUUCCCACGCUCGUCGAUGGCAGCAGCAGCAGCGGCGGCGUGCAGCACUGUAACUUCUGUAAGCCAGUAUCUGCUGUGUAGCUGGAUGUCAGCUGUCAUGUAUGUCAUGCUGCUGCGUUUACAAGUGCAAGACAACGCUUUCCUAUACCCGCUGUGACUAUUUGAGAUACAGAGCUCAGUGUUGUGUACAAGAUCAACAUAGCUUAUUGUGUGUUGUAUAUGGAAUAUCAGCGAGCUCAGUGUGGAGUAGAAUGACAGCCAUUUUGUGUCGGAUGAGCAAGCUCAAUGUGUUGGUUUGCAGAUGAUCAGUGACAGAUGAUCAGAAAUCGGGACAGCAGUCGCUGGUUGUUGUGCUCUUCACUGGUGGCCUCAUCAGGCAGCAGGAGCCCAAUACACUGCUGUCUUAAUCAGCUGUGGUCUCCGCACGCACAUCGACGACAGCAACACCGUGUGGAUUCGCGAUAGCGCCGCGGUGGUGUACAAAGCCUCGCUGUCUCUUGCUGCGAGCACCGCACGUGCAAAUGACACAGGUCGGCAUCAAGGACAGCGCAGCUCGCUAUUAAUACAUCAUUUCACUCCACUCUGCUCGGCAGCAGACACGACUGCAGGUGAUUAUGAGUCCGCGAGACUGUUGCCAAGUACGAAAAGUCUUGCGCAGGUAACUACACGCAGUCGGUAGUACUGCCGAUCGCUUCCCAAAAUCCAAGUUCUAGUGCGGCCGACGAAAUGGAUGUAAAGGUCAGGGAGGAUCACACCUGCUGACCUUGCGUGAACGUACUGCGUGCCAGACGGCUUCAGACUGACAGCUCAGUCGUCUGGCUCUGCUGCUGCGGUCAACUCAAGCGGGAGAUGACACUCGGUAAAACCCGAGGUUUUAAAUGGCGCCUCUACCGUUGCCGUGAGAUGAGCCAUUGGUACCGGUUUCUAUCAUCUGGUUUACCAGCGGGCCUCCUGGUAGCAGUGCGGCAUCAGCGUUGACGGAGGGACCAUGGAGGUUGUCGGACGGUGCCUGCCUAGUAGAGGUCUACACACACUGAGCGAGUGAACGCUUGUGUACUCACGUACUGUGUGAGUAAGCGUGUGUGUACACAUAUAUAAGUGAACGUGGCACUCGCCUCCCGUGGAGCCAUGCACGGCACUGCGCAGUUGCCAGGCGGGUUAUGCAACCAGUUCGGUCGCCCUGGAAACGCCGCUUUUUCUCUUGUCGUCUGCGGGGGCUACUCGCCAUUGUGGCUGACAACUGUGACUGGCAAGUCCAGCUAACGACUGCAGCUGGCAAGUUUGGCCUACGCCUGUCGCACACAAAACAACAGGGAGGCAGUCAUGGGGGCUGGCUGAAGAGGUGGGGUGGACACACUUUGGCACCGUACCGCCAACCCUGGCCACCGCCUGCCAGCAGAAGGAGGCAACUAAAUCGUUCUCUUGACACCGUCACUCACAGCACUUCUGAUGAAGCAGCGUGUUCAUAGUGGAAUAACCGGGCCAGCAAACUCUGACGAGUGAAACAGGAACAAGUGCACACUUUGCUGGCAAUCUGAACAGUGUUAAUGAGUGUCAACACCAAUAAGAACAUGGCGCAUUAGUCUAGACUGGAGCCCUAAGAAUCUGUCCGUCAACACAGAAAGUAUUAGGGACAGGACAAGGAGAGAACCAUCACUCUCUACAAUAUAUGGAAGCGUUCUGUUCGUGUCGCAAGACAAACCUCGGCACACUGCGUUCGCUCCCAGCAUCUCGGCUAGCCAAAACUUCUUGUUGACGUAGCUGGAGGUCCCAAACCAGUCCUCGCCCAGUGCCGACUGAAAGUGAGAGGUAACGUGUGUGUGUGUCCGGCAUGCCCUCGUCGUCUGGGCCCGGACCUGAGCCAGGUGUCGCCGUGGGCAGCAGCGCCCAGGAAAAGCACCCGCUGUAUAGACUGAGCAGCAACGACAGCACCCGCAGCGCAGACGUCACCACCUCUAACAACCACGCUUCGUACGGCGCGCCGCAGCCUCGUGUGGAGAGACUGGUCAGCAGCAGUAGCAGCAGCAGUACUAGCACCAGCGGAAACCCCAAGGCAUGCAGAGAAACUAACGGCAUGGGGGCACAGGACGCCAAGGUGGCGGCCAUAGCGGCAGCCACGGGGCGCCCUGACCUAGCCGACCAUUUCCCUGACGGCGGCUGGGGGUGGGUGGUGGUCGCCGCCGCCACCUGCGUGCACGUGCUGUGUAGCGGCAUUCACCUCGCCUUCGGCACCCUCUCCUUGCACAUCCGCGAGCACUUCUCUACUGACGACAUCGAAACAACUUGGUUAGGGAGUCUUGGAGUCGGCAUCUCGCUCUUCAUCGCCCCAUUCAUCACAAUCAUUUGUCGGAGAAAGAGUCCGCGACUGUAUGGAGUCAUCGGCGGCCUCAUCUGUGCGCUGGGUUGUCUUUUCUUGGCUUUCUCUAACAAACCUGAGCAGCUCUUCAUCUCCCACUGCGUUGUCAUGUCUUUGGGAAGUGGCGUUACCAUAGCAACAGCCAACAUCAUGGUCGGGAGGUAUUUCAAACGACGGCGGGAGAUUGCUGAAACCAUUUUAGUGGCGGGGUCUGGUCUGGGCACAGCGCUCACAUCUUUUCUCUUUCAUCAGCUUAUCAGCAGCAUCAAGUGGAUGCACGGCUUGCAGUGCAUGGCGGGGCUGCUGAUCCUGACCAUCAUUGCUGGGGCACUGUACCGCUCCGCCUCACUGUACCACCCGCGCCGUGACGUCAUCCUCCACCUCAAGUCGCAGAAGAAGAACCGCCGCGACCGGGAGGCGGAGAAGCCGCCAUACUUGGACUUCAGCGCACUGCGCAUGCGCUCGCUGCAGGCCCUGAUGGUCAUCGCCGCUGUCGUGGGCAUCGGAAUCCACGUGCCAUUUGUUCUGCUGGUUCGGACGGCGAAGCAGGCAGGUGUGGACGCCUAUCACCUGCUGCUGCACAGCGUGUACGUGGGCUUGGGCUUCGUGCUGGGCUGCGCGGCACUGGGCUACGUCACCAUCCGCACCAGCGCCGACUGCUUCAUCUGCCGGCGCCACCUAGUGCAGACGGCCGCCAUCGCCGGGGGCGUGUUGACGCUGUUGCUGGUGAUGGCGCGCGACGCCAGCGCCUUCUCUCUCUACGCCUGGGCUUACGGCAUGGCUGCUGGCGCCUACUACCUCGGCCUCAAGCUCUACGCCCUGGAGCUGGUCAGCCAGCAGCUCAUGGAGCGCGCCUGGAGCUUUCUGUCCGCCGUGCAGUGCUUCCCUUUCCUGUUUGGCGCGCCAGUGGCUUCCUACCUGAAGGCGGCUUACCAGACGGACGAUGCAGGCUACGUGUUCGCCGGCACCACUAUGGUUGCUGGCGGGCUGCUCUUCUACUCCAUGCCCUACUUCGAGCGGCACGCCUCCAACCACGUGGUGUUGCAGAAGCAGACCAGCACGUGCUCCUCCACCAUGACUGCGGAGGCUGCGGCUCUGCUGGAAGUGGACCUGUCGGAUGGGGGCGGAGGCGGCGGUUGCAAGGUCUCCAACCACCUGCACUGCGUGCUGGCGCCGCGCGCGUGCCGCAGUGUAGGCAUGGGCAAAGAUGUUGGCCGGGGAUGCCAGGCCCCGGGCCCGCAGCACGGCAAGGAACGCGAGCGCAACGGCGGCGGCAAGGCCACGGUGCUGUCCCGCAUCAUGGAGGAGCGCGACGCCGCGCGGUGCUCGCCCGAUGCCGCGUGCAGAGCUGCAUCCUGCAGUAGGGGCAGCAACUCUGUGGAGCAGACCUCCGCCAAACAGGAAAACGGCGAGCCGGUCGCCGAUGGACCGUCUGACAGCACCUUCUCCAACAAGACGGAUAAGUCAAGCGGACGCGAGUCCAGCAAGACCUCGGACAGCAAGAAGAGCAAGAAGACCGAUGUGCGGGUCGACUUCUUUGACCCGCCCAGCCAGGAGAAGGAGUCCACGGCCACAGUCUCCUACGACAGUGACCUCUACAUUAAUCUGUGUGAAGCUCAAGUGUAAGCAUCCGCUGCUACCUUGACAAUGACUGUCUGAACUUAUGUUUUCACGGCCUUGCGUCUGCUGAUCACGAAGGCCAGACACUUAAAAUCACGAAGAAAGCAAGGUUCCAAGCAUUUCUAGAAAUGUACGUGAAUGCAACAUGUCGGUUCGAUAAUGGAUCAUGCGGAUUCUCAAGUUUCUCGAUACACCGAGCCCAUCACUCAUGUGGCUUGAGAUACCAUGUCGUACGCCUGAGGCGCGAUUCUACGCAUCCCAGUGUUUGCGCCUUCCAUUUUCAUACUAAAAUUGUUUUGGCCACUAACUUAUCACUCAUCUAAUUCUUUGGUGACCUUUGCUGCAACCUCGUCGUCGUCAUUAUCAUCUGAAGACGACAUGAUCUUGUGAGGGAACUGCCCCUCUAGUAGGUGAGGUUGUUACUGCGUUAAAAGUUUGUCAAAAUCUGGUGGUUUUUUUUUUGCGGAUUUCUUUUUGUUUUUGUCGUUUUUACUUUGCUGAGCUUUAAAAGCCGACAGUGUGAGAUGCACUGUACGCUGAAGCUGCUAAUUCCUAGCUACCCCUACUUUGAGUCAAUUUAUUAAUGGUUAAUUUACUAAGGCGUGUGACUUCUGUGUUUUAUUCUCCACUAAAUUGUAGCUGUGCAUAUGAUCUCUCAGCCUGAUUGCUCCACUGACCUACAUCUGUGUUGUCUCUCGUUCAGAAUUAAGAUAAAGCAACUCCUGUUCGUCUGUCAUGGCAGCGUCACUUGGCCAAAUUCUGAAACACAUCAACAUUUGCUACUUCAUCUGACAUUCACCUUGCGCAUUGGUGUGAACGUGCCUAAAUGUACUGCGUUUAACACUGUGGUCUCCACUGAUGUGACCCCAGUAGUCCCGGACAUUUUGCCCACGCUCUCAUCUGCAUGGCACCAUUUAGCCCCAGGGGGAGUGGAGGAACGAGCGAGCUGCCGAGGACAUGACUAAGGGCAAAGAUGUUGUCGUUAUAUUUUGCUUCAUUUACUGUCUAACAAAUAAAGAGUACGGGUGACCUUU